CUAAAACCGACUCGUCUUUUAUCCUGAUACGAUAGUAUAGAUCGGACCCUCUAUUUGCAACCCGUCACUGGUUAAACAACAAGAAUACUGCACAAGCAAAGUUCCGAGAACCUGCGCGAUAUAUAUGAAUAGGAUAUCUAUCCAGGCUUCUUGAACAAACUAUAAAAAAAUUGGUCUCUUUCUUCCAACUCCUUGAUCUUGCCAUGCUUUCUUGAGCUUGCUCGGAUAGCUAUUCGUACGGCAACAUAUCUCGUAUAUCGGAACUCCCCACUGGACUCAUUAGCUCUUUUGAUUUAUUCCUCACCUCUUGCGUUGCUCCAAUUCCAGUCCGUGAACUUCGACUCCGAGCAUUGCUUGCCAGGUGCAAGGCUCAUUCCUUUAUUCUAGCCUGGUCCGUGAGCGAUCUCUUUUUUUGAUCGGGCAUCACAUCAGUUUAUUGCCUAAACCCUACCAAAAAAGGCACACACACGUCAUCUGAUUCCUCGAAAUCUGCAUUUAAGAAGAAAACCACCAGCGUUCGAAGUGCUCUAUCUCCGUGGGACGCCAAUACUAUUCAGAAAACUCUUUCUAUUCUGCACACAACGACUAACGACCAACGAACUUCGGAACAAAAGCUUUCUCCAGACGGCGAGGAGAGCACAACAAUGGAGUACAGGCAGCGAGGAUCCCUAUACCUUCCUCAAUCAACAAUCGAUUCUCAAUCCUCACGAAUAUCCAUCGGUGCUCUGCUAAAUCCAUCCCGGCAAACCUCCGACUCCUCUUCCCUCCCUCCAACAUCUCCCCGCCCGCACGAUUCUUACCACUACUACCAUCGACAACAACACCAAAACCAAAACCAACACUACCCAGAGUCUUAUGGACAAUCGCAUUACACCUCAACCCAAAAUCCCACUAGUAGCCACCCAUCCAUAGAAAGUCAAGCGGGAGUAUAUUCAGAUUCCCAUCAGGCCCCGCACUCCGUUUCCGCGAAUUCUUCUCCGGGACUCUACCCGAGAGAGCGCUUUCCAUCCGUUUCAAGCGGCUCGUCCGCAAUUGUCGAAAGGCGGCGUGCGCCGCGACCGAAAUAUGACGAAGAAGAAAUGUACUUCAUCUGGUACCAUCGUGUCGAUCUACACCAGGAGUGGAAGGAAGUGCGUGAAAGCUUUAACGCCCAGUUCCCUAAUCGCCAACGGAGGGGGUUCCAGGGUAUCCAGUGUAAAUACUACAGAUUCAUCAAGGAAAAGAACUGCCCGACACUACGAGAGCAACGCCGCAGACGGAGCGGCGGCAACACCGGCGAAAACGGCAGUGAAAACAUCAGCAGUGGGAGUGACGCGAAUUCAAGAAACGAUUUCCAUGAGGAUUUACCGCAAUAUGGGGUUAUUAAGUGGACGGAAGUCAGGUUUCCGUGGAUGAAGGAAUGGCAUACUACGCAGUCAUGAAGCUUAUUUAUUUUAUUUUAGCAUUUCCCUUUUCUUUGUUUCUAUUUUCUAAGAUUAUAGGCUGUCUACGCUUUCUGGCAAUCACAUAUAUAUCCUGGACACUUUGCUUCCAGUUAUGACAUCGAGUUUUAUAUUUUAUUGCUGCACGACUUUGUUUAACUGGCUGUUUUGAAGCCCUUCGUCUUCCCCUCCCCCCCCUUUUUUUCAUUUUAUGUCUGAACAACUAACAUUAUUGCCAUUACCGGCAUUACGACUCUCUCGACUUUAAACGGAUAUGCCUUUUUGUUUGGGUUUUCUCUACUUACUGGGGUGGGAAUGACUCGGGACCGGUACCAGGAUGCAAUCUAUUCAGGUGAAUCGU